UUAUUACAAUACAAUAGUUAUACUAAUGUACUACUUAAUAUUAGUUAAUAGUUAUUACUUAGUUACUAAUUUGAUUCUUAAUUGGUGAAUCGUGGAUGGCGAGACGUGAAAACGUUUCCAUUCAAUAUUUAUAGUUAAUCUCAAGUAUCUACAAAAUGAAUUAAAAUAUUUUUCAUGAGAAUAUUAAUCAACUAAAUGCGUUAAUUUGUUUAAAAUAGGCGCUAUCGACAUAACAAUAAAAAUGUUUACUUCAAUGUUUAAAUCCCUUAUUGAUGAAUCUGGUAGUAAAGUCAAGAAGGAAUUGAAGCCCGUGAAWUGUGGACCAGAAAAAAUCACCAAAGAAUAUGUCCAGGACAUGCUUACUUCUUUGAAUGAGGAUAACGUCAAAGAAAUAUUAGAUAAUAGUAUUAGUUGUUCUGUGUCAUUAGAUAAUAUUAUUGAUGGUAUUGAGUCAAUGCCUACUGAUGAUGCACAUCCAGAAUAUUUAAAUGAUAGUGCUUCAGUUGACAACUUUGAUGAUACUAAAAGUGAAGUAAGUUCUAUUGGAGAAAACCAACUAGCAUGCAAAACGGUAGAAAAUUCCAACAAAACCAAUACUGCGAACAAAAUUAACAAUCUUCAAUGUUUAUUUACCUGGAAUAUWAAACCAAAUAACAAGAAAAAUAUGAUUUCAUCGAUACAUGAUAAAUAUGGAGAAUACAACUUAAAUAUAUCUUCAACCGAGUUUACAAUUGAAAGGUAUGUAGGUAAUUUAAUUAUUGGCUAUGAAUUGUUCCAUAAGGAUGAGUCCAAAUUAGGACAAUUGAAAGUAUUAGAAAUUGGAAAAUGGCUUGAAGAAUUAGACAAUGGUACUGAUGAAUUCUAUUUAUCCAUCAAUAUUGGUCUUCAACAUAUUAUGAAGGCAACUUUUAUUCAUAUGUUAUUUGCWACAAAUCUUACUGGAGAGUGUCAAUGGGUAUGUUUCCUCUUCUUUUUCUUUUUUUUAUGUAGUUUAUCAUUUUUUUAUUUUAGAACUAUAAUGWGCAUGGAUCCCAAAGAUCCUCUUUUGGUAGUUAAGUGUGCUAGAACAAUAAUGACUCUUCCAUUUAUGGUCCGUGAUUUUAAUUUGGGAAAAACAUAUUUGACCAAAGCCAGUAAUAUGGCACCAAAUGAUGAAACUGUUUUAAAAUCUAUUGAAAAAACAGUUCAAGCUUAUAAAGAUAUUGCUAAAAAACAAAGGCCUAGUAGAACAACUGAACCAAAACAAAAUCGUCCAUCGCGGAAGAACAGAACACUAAAAUUAGGAAGUGAUUUAGGACUUAUUGUAAGAAAACAAAAAGAUGGGAAAGAUCCUAUUCCUUACCUCACUAAUUUGAUUUCUAAAUAUGAUGGACUUGAUAAAUCAAAAAUUAUGGCUCAAUUAUGUUCGUAUACAAUAUUAUUCACUGACAACCUAAAAUCUGGUGUCGAAGAGUUUAUAAAAUUGAUUGAACAACCAGGAAUUGCCAAUAACUAUAUAAUUACGCAACAUUUUUCAUCAUUUGGUUCAAAGAAGUUUCAUUUAGCAGAACUUAUUUGUAAUGAAAUUAGAUUGGCUACAAAUUCAAGUAGCACUACUCCUGAAGAUAUGUUAUAUUUUUUAAAAAUGUUAACAAAAAUCAUGGAAACUUGUAACUUACAAAUGAAAGAUGUUGAUUCUUCUUUGAAGUCCAAGCUAAUUAUUGAUUUAUCUGAUAACUCUUCAUUCCCUAAUACAACUUAUCAAAGUGAAAUGGGUUCAUCAGAUGAUGAGAGUAUUGAACAAGUUUCAGUUAAACACAGAACUAGAAAUCGUAAGCCAAGGAAUUUGCAAAAUACUGGACCUAGAGGUUUUACCAAAACUUUUGAACCAAAGGCAAACAAAGGACAAAAUAGAAAAAAUAAUGUACCACAUGGUAAUUUUUCCUCAAGAAAUCAUCAAAAUAAAAACCUCUCAAACUCAGCUGCAAUUGAUGAAAUGCGAUUAAAAAUGUUAAAGUUUUUAAAUGUGUCUUCUGUUGAUGGCCCAAGUUUUUCUGAUAGUAAUUAUUCUAAUAUUUUGUCAACUGAAAACCUCAGAAAUGUACAAACACAAUCACAGGUCGAACAAUAUACCCACCAAUUAUAUCAACAUAUCUUAACUAAUAACUAUUUACAUCAAGAUCAGAGAAAUGUACCUGAUACUUCAAGAGGAUAUUAUGGUACGCAGUCAAAUCAGCCAUUUCCAAAUUUAAGCUCUAUGUCACAAUAUUCUCAGUUUCAAAAUCAACAGCUACCCUCAUUAUUAAAUAUAAGACCUCAAAUAAAUCAACCAGGCCAACAACCUCGUUUUCAAAGACCAAAGAAAUGGCCUUCCAGUAAAUAAGUUGACCUAUUUAUCAUUAUUUUUCAUUGAUUCAAUAAAAUAUGAUAGUAAUUUUAGUAUUUAAGCAGUUUUUUCUAAACUAAAUCAAGAUGUUUCUUUGCCUAYAAGAAUUUUGUUACAUAGAGAUGUUUGUUAAAAAAAUAAUUUCUUUUCAAGAUUUUAAUUUUUAAACAUCCGAGAUUACAAUCACUAAUAAGUUAUGAAA